AUGCCGGCUCCGUACACACGGCCGGCCGCCAAAAAGCCUUCAUUGCGGCAGCCCUCAAGGCGAAUAGCCUCAUCCAUCCCGGAGAAAUUGCAGUCUCCCGCGGAUGCGCUCAAACCAACACACACAAAUGUCAUGCGCCUGCAGAGGUCUCCAAGCGUACAGUCCAUUGCCGGCGCGAAGAGGAAAGAGCGAGAAUUUGAACCGAAGACAAAUGAAGACACUAAUAUACACGUCGUGGUUCGAUGCCGCGGCCGCAAUGACCGUGAAAUAAAUGAAAACAGCGCUGUCGUCGUCUCGACUGAAGGCUCCAAUGGCGUGGAGCUUUCAAUGGGCCCAAAUGCCCUGAGCAACAAAGCAUAUCACUUUGACAAGGUGUUUUCUCCAGCUGCCGAUCAGGUAUCACUCUAUGAGGACGUUGUCACGCCACUCUUGAACGAGAUGUUGUCGGGAUAUAACUGUACAAUCUUUGCCUAUGGCCAGACGGGAACUGGCAAGACAUAUACGAUGUCAGGGGAUAUGACCGAUACCCUGGGUAUACUCUCAGAGAAUGCGGGAAUAAUACCUCGCGUCCUAUAUUCGCUAUUUCAAAAAUUGGAGGACAAGGAAAGCACCGUCAAAUGUUCGUUUAUUGAAUUGUACAACGAAGAAUUACGCGACCUGCUUUCACCCGACGACAAAUCCAACCUGAAAAUUUUUGAUAAUGAGUCGAAGAGAGGGCACAACAGCAGUACAUUGGUGCAAGGCAUGGAAGAGCAUUUCAUCCAUUCUGCCACUGCUGGAAUCAAACUGCUCCGAGGUGGAAGCUACAAACGCCAGGUAGCUGCUACCAAGUGCAACGACCUGAGUUCUCGGAGUCACACAAUAUUUACAAUCACCACAUCUGUCAAGCGGACGACGGAAGCGGGCGAGGAAUAUAUCAGCUCUGGGAAAUUGAAUCUGGUUGACUUGGCUGGUAGCGAAAAUAUCCAAAGGAGCGGCGCCGACAAUAAACGUGCCGCCGAGGCCGGGCUUAUUAACAAAAGUCUGCUGACACUAGGACGUGUCAUAAAUGCCUUGGUCGACAAAAGCUCACAUAUCCCAUACCGGGAAUCUAAACUCACGCGACUGCUUCAGGAUUCAUUGGGAGGUCAGACCAAGACCUGCAUCAUUGCUACCAUCUCACCAGCGCGAACGAAUUUGGAAGAAACCAUCUCCACUCUUGACUAUGCCUUCCGAGCCAAGAAUAUUCGCAAUAAACCGCAAAUCAAUUCUACAUUGCCGAAGAAAACACUAUUGCGUGAAUAUACAUUGGAGAUUGAGCAAUUGAAAAGCGACCUCAUUGCAACAAGACACCGAAAUGGUGUUUAUCUUUCUGCGGAAGCUUACGAUGAAUUGAAGGUGGAAAGUGAAUCGCGAAGGAUUAUCAAUGAGGAGCAGCGUGCAAAAAUCGAGAGCAAAGAAGCCAGCUUGAAACACAAGACAGAAGAAUUGUUUGCUUUGACAAGCAACUUUAACAAUUUGAAGAAGGAUCACGAUGAAACACGCGCUUCAUUGGAUGAGACGAACGAUGUGUUGGAGCAAACCGAGAUCGUCCUCCGUGAUACGAAAAAGCAGCUUGAGCAAGAGGAAAUGCUACGCCAAGCACAUCAGGAGACAGAGGAAAAACUUCAUGAUAUUAGUUCGGAGCUUUUGUCAAAGUUGGAUCGAACUGUUGAGCAUGUUAACGGCCUCCACCUCAAACUACGUCGAAAGUCGGAUCUUCACAACCUCAACCGUGAUACAUGGGAAGCAUCGACCGGGGAUGUUGUUGAUGUAACGAAGUUGAUUGAGGAUAGGGUUGAGAUCUUCGAGUCUGAGCACUCAGCUCUUGUCCAGGGCUUGACCGCCAAAAUCACAGAUUUCAUUACGUCGCAGAUACUAACCGUGGAAGACAGCAAAUCCCACAUCGAUGAAUCUCGUUCCCAACUUGAUGAGGCUGAGAAUGUAAUGAUGCAACAAUCCACCAAAGCUCAUGGCGAGAUGAAUGAAGUCCUCGAAGAGAUUAAAGUACUACGAGAAGAAGUCAAGGGAAAAGUUGGACAAGGGUUAAAUGGCCUGUCAGCGGCAGCAGAGCGUAUUUCGAAGGAGGUCAUUGAUGAGAUGACCGACUUUCAUACUCAGCUUCAUGCCUCCUAUAGUACCUUAGGCCAAGACUUCAAGGCUAUGUUCGAGAAGAUAACGGGGCAUUUGGAAACACAAAAGACAGAAAUCGAUGAACUUCGCACUCAACUGCUUGAAGCCAACCGCCAGACCAUACAAGAAAACCAGUCAGCUUCAGCGGAACUCGAGCAGGCCUUAGAGGAAGAAAGACAAGCCGCAGAGAUCGACCGCGCUGACCUUCUUUCGCAGAUCAGUCUACUGAUUGAGGCGUCUAGCAAAAAGCAGACCUCACGACUCAAGGGUCGAGUCGAUACUGUCACAUCCGAUCUGAAAUCAUCAACGAACACAUUGCAGGAGGCGACUGAAACAUAUCAGGAGCGAAUGAGCCAAUGGACUGAGAGGGAGACCGGACUCUUGGAAGAUGUUACCAGCUCUAGAGAUGUAAUCAAGGGGCGUAUGCAACAAGACUGGGCGAUUUUCGAGCAGCGCAACGAAUCUAUCCAGAAGUCGACACAAGCAGUCCACCAGGAAACAAUCCGCAUUGUCGAUGAGCAAAUGCAUCAGAUGGCCGUCCAAAUGGAAGCCCUGGAUGAUUUUGUCACUAGGGCAAGAUCUCAGAACGGUUCUCACCAUGAAGCGCAUCUGGCCGGACUGGAACGCUUGACAAAGAACAUCAAGGAUUCCUUCACCUCGUUAGAAGCAGGAUUUGGCGGCACGCAUGCCCAACUUAAUGAACUCCAAAGCCUCGCUACUCAACAGAGAGACGAUAUCAAACAUGUUGUGAUUCCAUUCUCCGAAGAAGUUCGACAGCCGCUUGUUGAGCUCCGGAAGAACAUCCAAAGUGCUACUAUGACGGAAUACAAACCAACAGGAAGUACUCCGCCUCGGGAUUCAUAUGAGUAUCCGAAAAUAUUGCCGCGCACCGAAUCCCACGCUAGCUUGAUUGAAAGGAUGAGACAACCGGCACAGCCUGUUUUAACCCAAAUUGAGGAAGAAAACCUGGACCCGGUUUUGAAAUCUCCGAUUAAACAGCGUUUGGGAUCACCGGUGAAAACAAGGGUCUAUAAUGACGCCGAGGACGAGGUAGGCGAACCUACCACCACAACCACCCACACCACCACAGCACUCUUACAAUCCUCCAACGCGGGUCUUAGGGAGGUCGAUUUAAACGUCGUCGCGAAACAACCCAACUCUAACAACAAUGAUUUCCCUUGCGUUUCUCCGGAACUGUCCAAAUCGAUAAAACUCGACAAGGAAGACGAGCUCUCGCAGCCACCCCUGAAGAAACUCCAGACGGUCUCAGACAGCAAGCUCCCGCAGAAACCCUUGGCCCGGCGAACAACACCCUCUGGGAUUGUCCUAGAUGGCAGAGAAAAUAUCCCACUUAAUGCAAGUAUCAGACGACGGUUGCGAGGACGACCAUCCAGCGGCUAG